UUGUUCCUGCUUCUUCCUUCAGGGAAUGAAACACAAAUAAUUGCUCAGAUUAUAUAGGCAGCUCCCUGUGUGGUCCUUCAUCCGUGCACAGAGUUCAGUCACAGACAGCUGCUGUUCUCCAGCUUCACCACGUGUCUGUCAGCCUCCUGAAAUGGGGAGGAUGGGAGGAUUUGAGCCUUAAGGCGAGGCACGCCGUCCGGUGUGCCGGAUAUAAAUUCACUACUGAAUCCUUUCAGAUUUAGUUUAUUUUUUCGGAUAGAACAUCAAGCCAGGACUGACAUGACGGAGGUACUGAAGUAGAUUCCAUCAGACCUGCGUUUGUUUGGAGAAACGGACCAGAGCAGGUGUCAGGAUGACCAUGAACAUCGAGUCAGAAAUCAACAAGGAGCUCUUCGUCCCUCAAAAUGAACGUCUGCUGGUGGCACUGGAAGUUCAGAGGAGACAGAAGAAAAGGAGAUCCUUUCUGCCCACCUCUUCCAGAGAGGAUUACACAACCUUCAUCUGUGUUUCAGUGACCAACACCACCCCCCAGCAGCUGCUCAUUACCAAGGUGAAGCAGUUUGCUGGCUCCCCCCUCUUCACCAGAAGAUCUCAGUGGACGGUGGAACAGCUCAAACAGGUCAAUGGCAUCAAUCCCAACAAGGACACCCCAGAACUUGACCUGGUGUUUGACAACACGGUGGACCAGUGGGUGGCCAGCUCAUCUCCAGAGAAGUGUAUCUUCAUCCAGGUCCUGUACCGUGCCUGCCAGACUCACUGGGAGGGCAAAGCAGGAAGCCUGGUAAACCUUGGGAAGCUAGCCAAGGCCAGCCAACAGAAAACAACAAACCAGCCUGAAGCUGGCGCUGGCUCCAGGGAGCUCACAGUACCCAGAUCCCUGCAGGCCCGACGGAAAAGCAUGGCCCCUCCCAGGCAGACGGAGUUCAUCAACUGCCAGUCCAAGCUGACUCGAGAUGCCAGCAGCAUGAAUCUGGUCAUCUAUCGCUGCAAAGCAUUCCUAGGUCGUGUGAAGAAGCUGAUGGUUGCGAGACAGAAAGGUCCACUUCGUCCAGACAAAGGUCAGACGGGGUCUCGUGGAGCACAAAGAACUGUGGGUAAUGUAGUCCAGAGGAUGACAGUGGCUCUGGGGGAGCGAGGAGGCAGACUUACCCGUGCUGAAGACCGCACCGUGAGGCUGAUGCACAAAGCUCAGCAGAUUGCCGACACGGCUCACAAGCUGGCACUGAAAAGUACCAAGUAAAGUUUGCAGGACAAUAACACAGAUGACCAGCAGGAGGCGCUCUCUGCUCAUAAAGGCUGUUGUGGAAAGCCGGUUUCACUAACAUAAGAACUUUUGACACUUUGGCUUUGGGAGUGAUUCAAAACAAAUUCUCCUAAGAACUAAUAUCUAACACAUUACUUUGAAAAAUUACUAACAGGAAGUCCUGAUGUUCUUCGUGUGAUCAUGUGACCACAGGUGGUCUGCAGUUUUUGUACCUGAUCUGCUGCAAGUGUCUGUUUGUCUGUCAUCUCUGCUGUUUGUCUUCUGUGUCGUCCGUCCAGUCGCAUCUGAGCUCCAGUUGAGCUGAAAAUGUGGCUUCAGAGGAAGCUCCUUCAGAUCUGCGUCUAAUCUGUCUUCUAAUCUAGUUUGAAUCUGAAACAAUAAUACAAUAUGUCAUUUAAUUAAAUGGGUUCUAAACCCAAACAUCCUAUCCUGUCACGUGAAUGUGUCUCGUGUAUUAAAGCAGCAAAGCUAAGUAAAGCACCGUCUGUCUUCUGUACAUUACUGAAUAAAACGUACCGUGUCAAGCUUCA